GGAGUAAAACACGACACUUUGCCAACAAUGGACACCGCAAACGGGUCCGGUAUGAUGGAGGAGUACGAUCUGAUGAAGCAACAAAAGUACCGCGUGUACAUCUCGAGCGUUGAUAAGGCGCUGAAGAAUUUUGAAUAUUCCAGCGAAUGGGCCGAUCUGAUCUCGGCGCUUGGGAAGCUAAACAAAGUGAUCUCCUCGAACGCACAGUAUCAAAUCAUUCCGCGGCGGAUCAAGAUUUCCAAACGGCUGGCACAAUGCAUGCACCCGGCACUACCGUCCGGUGUCCAUCUGAAGGCACUCGAGUCGUACGACGUCAUCUUUAGCAAUAUCGGUGUGGAAAGACUCGCCCACGAGCUCUUUAUCUACAGUGCGGGCUUGUUUCCGCUGCUGGGGUACUCGGCAAUGAAUGUGCGCCCAACCUUACUAUCGAUCUACGAGAAGUACUUCGUACCGCUUGGUGAGAAGCUUCGUCCCGCACUGAGCGGGUUUCUGAGUGGAGUAUUUCCAGGACUGGAAGCCGGUCAGGAUCACUUUGAGCGGACAAAUCAGCUGCUGGAUAAGGUGUGCAUCGCUGUCCAGUUGGAAUGUUUCUACACCUGCCUGUGGGAGUGCAUUGUAACGAAUGCAUCCGUCCGAUUGCCUGCCAUUACGUACGUGCUGGAGCACUACAACAAAAAGAUGCCCUGUGCAGCCCAACGAGAACUGUUGGGAAGUAGCGUGGAGCUGAUGGUGAAUGGACUGUGUAGUUGUCUGAACGAUGCCGUAAUACUGGUACAGCGAAAUACGCUAGAAUUUUUAUUACUGGCCUUUCCCAUGCACGAUCCACUCCUAUCGGAGAUGUACACAACGCGACUCGUCAAAACAGCUCUCAACACGAUCCUACGACGAGACAUGUCAUUAAACCGGCGUCUUUACUCUUGGCUACUUGGAGCCGACACCAGCAUGGGCAAACAUAUGCAAGGAACGACCGCGGUAGCCACAUCUGCAUCCGGCAGUUCCGCGGAAACCUACGAUCCGAACACGUAUUUCGAGCGGUACGCCAAAAAACGCCUAAUAGCUGCUUUCAAAAUGAUUCUAAAAGAAAGCAUAACACACACGCCAGUUGAUCUUAGUCCGUACCGGAUACUGAUUUCGUUGCUGGACAAGGCAGAAAUUGGUCUGCGCAUACUAGACGAUCUACUCUGUGACAUUAUUCGUGCAAUAUCGCUGUGCAACGGUAAUUUGGAGGUGCAAAAGUCUGCCAACUUACUGUUCUCGACGUUCGAUCCAGCCUACAUAUGGAACUAUAUGUCACGGUUGUACCGUGAAGCUGCUAUCCGAACGGAACGACAACGAAACGAUACGGAUCCGAUACGAAUCGAUUCGGGCCCUGCUACCACGGUGGAGGUUUGCCAUCUGACUGAGUUCCUGUUGGAAACGCUCUCGCUGGAGAUGUACAACGAGACGACGCGUGUUCAUCUGCCCAAGUUCCUACUAUCGCUCAUUUCGAUGCUCACGACGUACGAGAGCAACAUGCAUGCGAUUGAGGUAGCCUGUUCGUUGCGAUUGCUUGUAAAAAUUGUCUCCAAAAUCCAACCCAUGAUCAUGUCGGAAAAGGUUUUUGAUCUUUCGGUUAGUCGCGCUGCUAGCGCUACUCCCCAGAAUGCCUCCGGACUGCACAGCGAUGGGGCGAAGGAGUGUAACAAUCUCGAGAAAAGCAGUAGUGAUUCAAAAAUACACGAAACGUCACUGCAGGUGUUGGAAAAUGGCACAUUUCAGCGAUCAAGCUCAAGCCAAGGAUUGCACAAGAAAGGCAGUGGAGGAUCGGGAUCUGGCCCGAGUAGUGGGAAGUAUAGUAAAAAGAGCAAAAAGUCCAAGUCAUACACGAAGCUGAGCGAGCUAAACGCCAGCCGAGAUGGUUCACUGCAGGGUAGCAAAACGAAGCUUAACCAUGCGGAGUCGGAAGUAAAGAUAAGUGGCGCAAGUUCAACGCCAAACUUAGAAAAUGGUAUCGGUGUUAGUGGGAACGAGCUGGUAAGUGGCGCGGAAGAGGAUCCGAUCGAGGGACGAAAGCGGUUUAGUUGUAGUAGUAAUAGCAGCACCAGCAGCAGUAGUAGCAGUAGUUAUAGCAGCAAUUCAAACAGCAGUCGAAGUCGUAGCCGUACCGGCAGUAAUGGAGCAGAAGAAGCUGGGCUCGCUGGGAGAGGAAUUAUCAUACAGGUGCAGUCUUCGGAAAGCGGUGGUUCCGCGAUAGCACAAUUACCCGAUUGUCCUAUCCUGGAUCGUUGCAUACGUCAGUAUGUGUCCUUUUUUGAGCUGUACAUAUGUCGCAAGCUGCUGUCCCAGGUGGACAGUUCGUGCGGAGAACAAGUUAGUCUGCAGGGAAAUGUUAUUCUCAACGCAAAUGACACGGCGACGGCGGCGGCGAACCUGGCUUCCGCGAACGAUCAUGAUUUGGUAGUCAUAAAUACACUGAUGUGCGAGCUAGAUGAAGUGUUUGAGACACUGUUAACAAAUGCGCAGUCUUCGAGAGUUAAACUAACCGCAAUGCUUGCUCAUUCGGUGGAAAGACGAUCGGAAACGUGCGUGACGAAAGUCCCCAUGCGAGAGAUGAGUCGAAAACAAGAGUACGAAAUAGCGCAAUUGGUGCGAGGCAGUGAAAAAUUGUCCCGCGUCUCUCGUACUCCCGUCUGCGAAUCGUUGAGAAACGCACUGAAGCUGGCCUGCAACGUGCUGACGGAAAUGUCUUCAUUUCCAAGCUAUCGAAAUGAAGGUGGAAACACCGAGCGACUGGACGAUGUGCCCGGUUGGUUGAAAGCACUUACUGUCCUAGCGAUCUUCGUAAGCGAUCUCGAUACACAACUUUCAGCGGCCCAAACGCUGAUCGAUAUGAUCGGUUUACUCCGAACCAAUGGGAAGAAAUCGUCCAAGGACUCGGGCAAUGGUAAAACGAUCGUGCUUAUGAUGCCUCUUCUGAAGUUAUCGCACGUCAAUUGCUUGGAACGACGCACAAAAGUGUUCCAGGUGUUGACCACGAUGCUGUGGGACUAUCUGGAUGCAUCUCGACCGGAGGCACGGACCAUCAGCCAACUGCUGUACCGCAUACACAACUGUCUCGAUAGUCGGUUUACGGAGCAUGUUAUAAUCGAUCGGCUGCUCGUCCCACAAAGCUUGUUUGACGACGAUGAGACAGCUGAGGGUCACUAUAGAGGCGUGAUGGAGCGUACCGUUCGGAGGAAGGAUCCAUCUGCCCUGCACGCCCUGUGGCAAAUUCCAGUACUAGCAAAGACGGAGCUGAAGAUCGAUUCGGAAGGUUUCCGAAAAUUUCAACUACUGUGGAAGCUCGGUCGCGAUACAUACCACGGGAAUGAGUUUGAGAAGCUGCUGUUCUUAGUGCUGGAUUCGCUUACGCUCCCGAGAAACGUUUCGAUACAGGUGAAGAGUGCAAAUUGGCUACGAGAAGCGCUAGUUCGUGGUGAUAUAGGACGUAUAUUGAAGCUGCUAUUAAAGAUUCUACUGAACGAAAGCACGAAACGCUUGAGUAUCUUCUGUCCAAAGCGUUUGCGAGGGGCUGGAGCGGGAACAGAGCUGGACGAUGGUACAACAAUCAGUGGAUCGGUUAGUGAGUGGGAGAAGGAACUGUUGGCAGAUGCCGACGUGCAGUUGAAUCAGGCUUGCUUUGCCGUCAGUUCGGAAGAUGGUCAGAUACGGUAUCACAUGGAUCCGGCAGCCGGUUUGGGGAAAAAACGAAGCCCUAUCCGAUCUAUUCAGAAAAAAAUCUUUGGAGUUUCGAUUGGUGGUGGAGGUAGUGGAAGUUCAAAGGGUGGUGAUUCUGGACGGUCCAGUACGACAGGUAGUGGUGGACAGCUGAUUGUGUCGAACUACGUCACGAACGAAAGUGUGGGAAAGAAGGUACAACAGGGCGGUGGUUUGUCAUCCGAGCAGGGAGAAGAUGAAGGACAGUAUGGAAAGAUUUCGGUGAUUAUCAAUCCACUAGAGUCGGAACAAUUACCGACGAAGGCCAGUGGGAUGAGGAAUCGAUCCAAUUCUAUGGGUUUACUAGCAGCUGGCGAUAUGGACAGUGGAAUAUCAGAACCAAGUUCUCUUGCUACUCCCGGUGGUACGUCACAGCUCGGGAAGAAAGAAUUUCAUCGAUCAACAUCCGAUCUCGAUGACACAAAUGACAGUGAAUCAGAUUUCCCCGGACAUACUCGAGGGAAGCAGCGGAACAGUAGACUACGAGGAUCGGAAGGAUAUGUGGACAAUGAACCUAUCAAGCGGUACGUUGAGGAUGGUCCAAUAGUGGACUUUAUCAGUAAGUCAAGCGACCGAUUCCGCAAUCGUAAGACAUAUCUCAUCUCCUCGGGGAACCUCUCCGGUGCCGGUGAAGACUCGCUACUGUCCGGUUCUUCCUAUACUCUAACGAAUGGAUUAUCUUCUUCAGUCAAUGGAACUAUAACCACGGAUGAGAUAACGAACGAGGAUGGUAGUAUUACAAUGACCACCACAACCACGACUGCCAGCACAGCCACCUUUGAGUGUGGAACGGCUGGCAGUGAGGAAGAAAAAGCUCCUCCAAAAGUGACGUUUACUCGCAUCAAGAGCUGGCGCAACGGAAACAAACUCUAUCCCUUCCACACACACUUUCUCGUGUACGAGUCUGUGUUCAACACGAAGCAAGUGCUGUAUACAAUCGAAACACUGCGCAACAUUCUCACGAAUGAUGCUCGAUUCUUUUUAUGUCUCUCGGUUACAACAUCCGUUUCGAGUGGGCAAAUCAAGUCGCUACUGCUACGCCAUCGUCGUAACAUCUUUGGGAAAGGUUUCACGGAAGCACGUGACGAUUCGGAACAUCAGAAUUUGUAUCGUGGAAGCAUGUACCUCGAGGUAAUUCUUACCGUGCUGCUGUACUACACGCGAAGCUACCAGACCGAUCAGGGAAGGGAUGGCAAAGGGAGACAACCGUCGCGAGAUGACUUCAACACGAACGCAAAGAUCCAGCUCGAGUGUAUUGAGCUGAUGACUACGAUCUUCGGCGAGCUGCUGGCGGUGGUACGGGAUGUGGGCAAAAAUCUUGCCAACUACGUUGCGGACCUGCUGGACAAGUGUAAGGUGCAGAAGAUUGUGCUCUACUGUCUGGCGUCCUCGGUGAACUACUUUUCAAGCCCGGGUGGUUAUACUUGCCCAGCAGACGAGGUUCUACGGUAUAGUGAUCCGGAAAGUACACGACAGAAUGCGGAAGCGUAUCAGAUCGAACUUCUUCGGCUGUUGCUAGCACUGUUGAAGCUGGAGCACGAGAUCACACUGCAACGGGCGGACGGUGGAGAGGGAACUACAGCAACGGGGACAUCGGCGGCGCCCAAUAUCGCUGGCAACUCAACGACGAGCGGAAAGAGCAGUUCUGGCACAACUUCCAGUGCAUCUCCAACGAAAGUCGCACCGGAAACUAAGCGAACGUACCGAUACACCCCGAAUCUGCUGCUCGCCCAGCAACCGAUGUUCCUGUCAACGAUCCUGUCCGCACUCGCGUGCGAUCGAUUGCAGCACGUGCACAAGAACUGGACCGACAUGAUAACGGCCUGCCUGACUUGUUUACCUCCCGGCAAUCUUACGAACAUCGUGAUCAGUGUAAUUCAUCAGCUUUGCAAUAAUUUGGACAGGGUUACCCGUAGGGAUCGGAUUCUUGUACAAUCAAUCGACUACAUAGUGUCGCAGCUUGAAGCAAUCACCGUUCUUGCCCACUACUGUCUGCUAGACAGCUCUCAACAGAUUUCACUGGCCAGCAUGUUCAAUGCGUCGACGGGAUCAAGCAAUGGGUUAACAUCGGCCGCAGCCAAUCAAUCCGGCCAAAUCAUCAACAACAUAAUGAAUGUGUUUCUGUCCUACUCGUCCUCACUGCUCAGCGGAGGCGUUAAUCAGCAGGUGAAAAAGAACCAUCAGGAAGUGGCCAAAGCGGCUAUACUAAGUCAUCUGCCUCGUAUUAUUAUCACGAUCGCGACUCUCUGGGAGACAAGCAUCAGUGACUUCCGGCGUGGAAAGCAUCAACUGCUAGAGUUUCUGAGCCCGAUCUCGAUGCAUUACGGUACUAACUUCCUUACCGCGAUUGCGGUCGCUUGGUAUGAGCGUAGUAAUAACGAUGCAUCAAGUAAAGCAACAACGACAGCAAGCGAAGGAACGGGCAAUGAAGCAUCGGAUAUGGAUUUCUUUGACAUCAUGUCAAAAGCGUUGCCGCAAGCGAGCGAAAAUCAACUGCUGUUGGUUAAGCUGAUCACAGGGAUACGUAUCAUGUCGGUGGAUUCCUUCAUUCAAACGAUGCAUCAAGUUAUUAAGAGUCCACCGCCGAUCUAUCAGCCACCAUCCGGGCUAAAUCUGGAAGUGAGCGCGCUGGAAUUGUUGUACUUUUUCCUUAUAUCUGGAGUUUCUCCUGCACAGUACACAGAUUGCUGGAGUUCGCUGUAUGCGUUGCUAAAGGAUUGUCUGGGACUGCAGAUAACGGCCCAGUUUGUGGCACUUUCGAUUUUGAAUGAGUUUGUACAGCGAUGCCCAAGCAUGCCGUUCUCGGAUAAGAAAGAUUUGCGUGAUUUACACGACGUCACGUCACGCUUGGUGGAGGCGGUAUCGAAUGUGGCCGGUUCGUGUUUGGAACAGACCACCUGGCUAAGGCGCAACCUUUCCGUGAAGGAAGAGUUUAGCUCGAUCGAGAGCACGGGCAAGGAUGGGCUGCUGAUGCCGUCCAGUCAGCACUACUCGAUACAGGCCCAGUCGAUUCUGGCCAACAUUUUGGCCUCGCUACUCGAUGUUGCGUUUAGUUCGCAGGAAAAGGACAAGGUAACGACGAUCGUUACCGGUGUCAUGUACAACAUCGUGCCUUACCUUAAGACGCACACCGUGAAGAACAUUCCAACGUUUCACGCUUGCUCGAAUCUACUAGCCAGCUUAAGCACGUAUCAGUACAUUCGUAAGGCUUGGCGGAAGGAUGCCCUGGACCUGCUGCUCGAUACGGCAUUCUUUCAAAUGGACAGUCGCUGUUUGCCGUACUGGAAAACUAUCCUGGAUAGUUUGAUGACCUGUGAUAAUACUACCUUUAGAGAUCUUAUGAAUCGUUUACCAUUAGCGCAAACCGGAACAUUGAACAUAUUCACGUCUAAGGAGCAGGAAUAUGAGCAGCGCGCACUCGUACUGAAGCGGCUUGCUUUUAUAAUUUUCUGUAGCGAAGUCGAUCAGUACCAUAAAUAUAUGCCAGAAAUUCAAGAACAACUUGCCAACAGUUUGCGCCUACCGCAGGUUGUACCACUGAUCCAGUCGGCAGUUUUCCUGUGCUUCCGUGUGCUCCUUCUACGAAUGUCUGCAGACCAUGUGACCAGUUUGUGGCCAAUAAUCAUUGCGGAAAUGGUCCAAGUGUUUCUUUCGAUUGAACAAGAACUAAUGACGGAUACGGAAGAAUUUAGGUCCCAAUCGAGUCAACAUAUCCGUAUGCUGUCGGGGUUGGAUACGGCAUGGGUCACAAACACGAGUAAUGGGCUGUAUUCUUACGGGCAUCCGCACUGGCGCAUGGUACAGUUGGAGACGGCCAAACUGCUAGAGUUGGGAUGUGUGUUGCCAGCCACCAUUUUACCACACUUUCAGAUGUACCGUUGGGCAUUCGUAAGCAGCCAAAACGAGAAUCUUCACAAAACGGGCGGAUAUGACGAGAAGAAGAUGGCAUUCAUACCUCACGUAUCGAGAAUAUCUCAGCUAAUGGAUCUUCGCUACACAUCUCACUCACCGAAAACGCAAACAACCAAGGGCAAGCACAUUAUGCUAACCUGCCAGACGAUAAACACGCUGCAGGACCUGUACGGUUUCUUCUCGACACUCUCGAUGCGCUGGCCGUCCCACAUCUCGUACAGUGACACCGACAAGGACACCAAGCAAUGUCUCGAGGAGGUCGAGUACGUGCUGGCGUUAGACUUUUUGGAGAAAAUUCCGUCGACCAAAUAGUAGCAGCAGCAGCAGCAGUCCUAUUUCUAG